AUGGCUGAGCCAAACAAAGCCCGUCCGCUCGUCUCUGAGAACUUCCUCGAUGCGCCCACACAGCGCUUACUGGCCGUAGGACUGGCUGUCUUUUGUCAGGCAAGAAAAGUAUGGGAGAUUCUUCAAGCGUAUGUUGUAGCCAGUGCAUCCCAGAGGUCUUGGUUGCUCUUUAAAUGGGAUGCCCUCGAUGCUCUGUUCUUCCUUACUUUGCCACUGCUUCGUAUACCACGGCUCAACUUUUCUUUGCGAGUGACGUUGGCUCAACUCUUGAUGAUGUUGUGCAUUAACUGGGCGGCCCUUGGUGAUUGGCAUAUACCCGCCGGCACAUUACCUCAACCUCUGGCGUUCAUUCCAUGGUUAAACCCAGAUACUCAAAUAUCCAUUACUGAGCGCAAAGUCACGAUAGGGCAAGUCGUGGAUGCGUCUGCCCACUUGCUUGGACAGCAUACUGUACGGCUUUCACCCAUCAAUACGGCCAAACUUAAUCCACAAGGCUUGUCCUACUGUCUCGCUCCUCAUACGCACAACAGUGCUUUUGUUCCUAUUGUCUUCAACAACUCGCAACCUCACGUCCUCCAAUACUCUAUUUCUCCUCUUGGUGACAAAGGCCCCCGGACCUACGUUAACCUUACCUGGAGCGACCUCAAAUCUAUUUCAUCUACGCGGACAAAACUUAUGACUCAUACCCAGACUCCUGUGCCAACCAGACCUAGGAUCAAACUUAGUGAGGCGGACGAAUGGGAUCAACUAGAUGAGGAGGAAGAGAAGCCCGCCGAGUACAAUUCUGACGAGCCCGUAUUGUCCAAGUCUGAGCGUUUGGGCCAUGUCCGUAUUGUUCAGCCGGGAGUGGUUCGACUCGAACGUGUUCUCGACAAGACAGGGGCGGACUUUAGGAUCCGUUACUCCGAGGUAGUCGUGGUCGAAUGCCCAAGUGUUACUUUUGAACCUACCCGGGACGAGGCCCGAGGUAAUCGUUGCAUGGGGGAAAAGGUGGAUAUGAAUGUACGUGCCCGCGGAGUAGCGCCUGUCGAAUUGAAGUGGGGUGUCGCCGUCACGCCCAAAUCCAAGUAUGGCACCAGGCGGUCGGGACAGGACUUUACUAUUCGAGGUAUCGAGGGCAAGGAAGAGAUCGAAGGUGUCCCCGUGGCACAAGAUUUGAUCAUUCCGCUCUCAUUCUCGUUUGAUAGCCCUGGUCGACAUACUUUUACUCUCGCCAAUCUUUCGGACGCUAUCGGCAACAGCGUCAACCCCGCUCUUCCACAGCGCACUCUCAAGCACGGCCACCAGAUCAGCGACACGGAUUUUGCUCAUAUUCGCACAUUUGAUGUUCUCUCUCGCCCGUCCGCCGCGUUUGAGAAAUGCCAGCCCGGGAAGGAUAUUCAGCUCCUCAAAGGCAAAGAGGGACAUUCAAAUAUGGUUGUUAAAGCCGAGUCCUAUGAUGAACAAGACGGAUGGGGCGCGCACAUUUCCUUCCUCCCAGAUGAGACUAGCAAGUCGGCUUCAGCAGGUGCUACUGGCGUCGUGGGCAAAGUCGCAGGCAAGGUUGCGAGCGCAAUCGACAAAGUCACGGCUCCGACCCCUUGGACCAAGUUUUUCCCCGCUACCCCAGGUUCGAAUAAGAUUAGUAUCCCCGUGACCGAGGCCGGGACAUACACCUUGACGCGUGUGGCCGGUGAUUUGUGCGAGGGCGUAGUUCGCUCACCCGAGGUUUGCCGGGUUGUCGAGGUGCCAUUACCGCGUGCCGAAGUCGAAGUAGAGCGUAUUCACGAAUGCUCCGGAGAUGUCGGAAUCCAUACCAUCUUUACCAUGGACGGCACACCACCAUUCCGUAUUCACUAUACCACCACGGACAGCAAAGGUACCACUAAAUCCGAAGAACGCUAUCUUGGCGCUCGCGGAGAACUCAAGCUUCAGCCUAACAAGAGCGGAACCUACACGUAUAGCUUUGACGCUAUUUCGGAUGCGUAUUAUUCGGAAGUACCCCUCACUGGCCCAGGAAGAACCGUUACUCAAGUCGUCCACCCGCUCGCAACGGCGAAAUUCACUCACGCAAACGCUGAUACAUGUGGAGAAAGCCAGGAAAUCGAGGUUGCGCUCGAGUUGUCCGGUGUGGGUCCUUGGAAAGUGGAAAUGCAACUUGGAAGUGAGGUUAUGAAGUUCGAGGGUCUGGAAAAGGAGCGAGAAACUGUCAAGGUACCUAUUCCCAAGGAGGUUCAUGCACGAGGUGGAAAGAUUGGGUUGGAUCUUGUUUCCGUUGAGGAUGGCAAUGGUUGCAAGCGUACGCUGAGCUCGACCCAGAUGAGUGUUGAAAUUAGACGCGUGAAGCCAACUGCUCGCUUCUACAGUCAAGAUGGUUCACAUCGUGUUCUCCUCCCUCACGAGGCUGAGGCCGAACUCCCGCUGCGCCUCACUGGUGAUAAGCCUUGGCGUAUUGAGUACCGAGCACCUGGUAGCCAACAGAUUCACAAGCAAGUCUUGCAUACACCAAACAGCCAGCUUUCCGUCAAAGCCGCGGGUACAUACGAGAUUGUUUCCGUUUUCGAUCGUCAUUGCCCUGGUGCUGUUGUUCCCGAGGGCGCUUUCUAUCACGUCGAUUGGAUUCCUCUGCCUGCUGUUGGCUUUGCCCAUUCUGCUGGUGUAUUCGACAAGGAACGGGAAGUUAUCGUACGGCCACCUGCGAGGAGGAUCAUGCUGAGGUGGAUCUUAUCGGCAGGUCGCCCGCCAUUCCAAGUUACAUAUUCGCAUACGGAUCCUAAGUCACACGUGGAAGAGAAUCUUUUUACUUCCCUCAAGAAUGUUACUCGGCUCGCCAUGCGUACAAGCGUACCUGGCACGCAUGUCUAUGCGCUCCAACACCUUGCAGAUACGACUUACAACAAUGGCGUCCGUCUUGACACACGUCCCCGCUUCAAGUCAACCGCUCGCAUUUCCCGUUGCUUGAACACAGACUUGAACCUCUCGCACGACCCUGGUGCUGUACUCUCCCUCAGCGGCACCCCGCCAUUCACACUAUCCAUUGCCGUACGCAAUCUGGCUGAAGGGGAAACUCACCAUGCACAGAUCAUCACAAGCGAUUAUGAGUGGGCGGUCAACGUUCCCGACUACAUGUUCAGCACUAUUGGUCCACACCAGGUUGCUAUCGAAAAAGUUCGCGACGCAUCUAAAUGUGCUGAACUAGGGAGUGCGAGCGAGAGAUCAUUGUGGAUCGAUGUCGCAGAGACCGCAGCAAUCAUUCCUUUGGAACGUCGGGUCGACUAUUGUGUUGGAGAUGUCUUGAACUUCCAGCUUGAAGGAACGGCACCGUGGCAAGUAGGAUAUACUUUCAAUGGCAAGCAUACACUGGCCAAGUCCACCUCCUCUCGUUUCGGUCGUGUGGCAGCACAGCCAGGUGUAUUCCGGGUUGAGAGCAUCGCUCAUCAACAAAAUUAUUGCAAGACUGCGGUGCGGGAUGUAGAGAUGAAGAUUCACCAGUUGCCGACCGCCCGUGUCAGUGACGGAAACCGAAUAAUUGAAGAUAUUCGUGAGGGUGACCAGGCUGAGAUCGUGUUCAGACUGACUGGGGAACCGCCGUUCACAUUUACAUACCAACGUACCGAAUUAGUCGACCCGAAGAAAAAGUCCAAGACGCCCCCCAAGGUGGUGGAAACACAUACUGUAUCGAACGUAUUUAAAAACGAGCAUUCGAUUUUCUCAGCUGCAGAAGGAACCUGGACUGUGACAUUCAUUUCGGAUAAGUGGUGCAGAUAUCCAACUGCAGCAGUAGAUUCAACAGUUCCAGAGGCUUGA